UCAAGUCCAGGACGAAGGGGAAUCCCUCCAGCAGCCAAGAUGUCGCCAGUGGGGAAGGUGUCCCAGGUAGAAAAUGGAAAAGUCUACCAGCAGAUCUUCCAGGCCCAGGUGCAGCUGGUUCAGUCUUUGGCAGCCACCAGGAAGCGGGCUGCAGAGCAUUCUGGAACUCCAAAGAAUGUCAAGACUCCCAUGAUGAAGAAGGUGUCAUUCCCUGAAGGGGAAACAAUGACCCCUCGGCAGAGGAAGUGGGUAUAUAGCCUCCCCAACGACUGGGUCACAGAAAACCCAGUUCUCUAUAGGGAAAAGCAACAAGCCAGGAAGGAAAAGAUGCGUGAAACAGAGGACAUGAUUGCUACCCGAGAGGUGCAGGGUCUCAUGGACAACGUUGUUCCACUAAUUUCUGAGAAGACAAGCUCCAGCAUCCUCCAAGGGCAAGAAGAGUACAAGAAGAGGAAUUACCUGAGUGCACUGGCAAGCUUUCAGGAGGAGAUUGAGCAGAUUGCGAUGGAGAUGGAACCUCUUAUCCUGGAGAAAGGGGAGCUUCUUCUGAAGAAGAUGGGCCAGUCUGAUGAUGAUGUUGAUAUGCUCUUCAAAAAAGUCGAAAAUGAACCUGAUCUUGAGAGCCACAAUAUUGAGAGUCUGUUGGAGCUAUGGGAGAAGGUGGCUGAGAGAUUCACGCAGCAGAAGCAGGAGAUUAAGGAUCUAGAUCAAGAGCUGUUGGCACUGGAGGUCUCUCGAGCCAACAAGCUGAAGGACGUGUUGAAGAGAUAUGUUGACAUCCUAGAGAAAACCUCCUACCUCCUGCAGCCUGAUGUAUAUAGGCUGAUAGAUAAAGAAGCCAUGGCCAUGAACCAGGCUCUACUGGGAAAUCGGAGGGCCAUCGCCCAGCUGUUGGUCAACCUGACUGAAGCUACCCUGCAGCAGGAACUUGACAACCGCCACCGCUGGCAGGGCCUGGUGGAUACCUGGAAGGAUCUCAAGAAGGAGGCCCUGCAGCAGAGCUUCAAUGAGUUUAUGGCUAGCAAGGAUAUCCAGGAGCCCCCUGCUGUGCAGAAGGAGCUGGAAGAAAUGCUGACGAACCAGCGGGUCCUUCAAAAAGUGAGGCUGGAUCACCUCUGCACCAUCUGUGACCUCCUCCCCCCAAACUAUAACAAAAACCAUCUGACUGAGUGGUAUGAUUCUCUCACUUCCCUGAACAAGCAGCUUGACACCUACCACAUGGACUGCUUGUCUCUGGUACGCUUCCUGUAUGAGAAGAUUUGGCAGGAGUGCCUGGCCCAUGUGCAGAAUUGUAAGAAGCAGCUGCUGGACUGGAAAGCAUUUUCAGAAGCAGAAGCAGAGAGCCUGGUGAAUCCAGCCUUCUUCCUGGUGGUAGGGGAGUUCCAGAGCAAGGUGGAGAAGAAGCUGGAGCUCCUAGAUAACUCCUUUGAGACCUUGGCCAAGCAGAUGGAAUUUCAGAGUGCAGACCUCUUCAGGUACUUCCAGGAGGCCGUGAAGCUGUGGGAAGAGCACCAGAGUGUUCUGCUGUCACAGGAGCUGGAGCUGGAGAAGAGGAUAGAGCAGCAUCGGCAGAAGCACAACCAGGAGAACCAGAUCCAAGAGGUUAACCUCGAUAAGCUUCUAGACCAACUGAGACAGCAGAGCCAACAAGAGACACUGAAGAGCCACCUGGAGAAGGCCAAGAAUUUUCUGAGGAACAUGAAGUCUAGGUAUGAAUGUUUCCACAUCCUCCUGACCAAAGAUGUGAUGGAGUACCCAGGGUUAGUACUGAAAGAGCUCAACUGCUACAGCUUCACCCUCAGCCGACACUUCUUCGUUCGUGAAAUCUUUGAACAGAAUUUGGCUGGGGAAGUGACUUUCAAAUUCAGGCAACCAGAAAGCCAUGAAAAGCUCUUCAUGCAGAAAAUAAGGAAGCUGAAGAAAAAACGAAAGGCGAGAGUGGCAAUACGCAAAGCUGAAGAAAGCAUAGGUCAAGAGACGGCUUCCGAGAAGCAGGCUGAAGAGAUGGAAGAAGAAACAGUCGAAGAGACAGAACUCAUCAUGGCUGGAGAGGCACGGAGCCACGGGGACAAGUUCCCACAGAGGGGCAGUAUGGAUGAGUCCAAAGAAGAUUCUUCCCAAGAAGCUGAAGAAUUGGGCAGCAUGAAAGAGACUGUCUCAGAGGCAUCCCAGGAACCAGAACAUGUGAAGUCUCAAGAAGAGAACGAAGGGGUGGAGGCAGAUAAAGAGGAGGAAGAGGACCAAAAAGAGGAGCAUAAGGAAGAGGAAGAAAUAAAAGAGGAGAAGGAAGAGGAGGAAGAGGGGGAGGAAGAAGAGGAGGAGGAGGAAAUGAAUGAGGAAGAGGAAGAGGAGGAGGAGGAGGAGGAUGACAAAAUGACUGAAGAUGAGAUGGAGUUCUUUCAAGAGUGCCUUUUUAUGGGUUUGGAAGAAGGCAAGGAAGAGAGCAUGGAGGAGGUGUCCAAUGAACAAAAGGAUUUUUUCACAACUACAAGUGGGAACACUUAUUUUGCCUUCCUGUCUGUGGAAGAUGAACAAAGGGUACACACAAGGCCCCCUUCCUACCAAGUUGUGCUCUUUCAUGACCCUUUCAGCACCAAGUACAUAGAACAAGUGAUCAUUCCUAACAAACUAAUCGUCAAAGUUAAGAAACGGCUUCGAGCUGGCUUCUUUGAACAUCUUGAGAAGUGGUUUGACCAAUGUGCUCUCAAUGCUCACAUCAUUGUGGCUGCCAAGAUUGAUGAACUGGAUUCAGAACUGGAGCUACGUCUGCACCUGCACAAGCCAAGAUUCCAGUACGUGGAGAGGGAUAUUCAUAAUGUCCGAGCAGCUGAGCUCCUGCUCCACCAGGAGAGGCUGGAUAGCCACUGCGCAGGCGUGAUUGAGACACUGAAGAAAGAGAGGCUGAUGUUCUGUCAGUUCCAAGAAGAGCAAGCUGUGCGGAGCAGAAACUUCCGCCGCAAGAUCUACGACAUGGAGCACAUCUUCUUGAAUGCCACCAAGAGCCAAAGGCUGGUUAGUCUCACCAAUACACUACACCGGGAGCUGCUUAGCUACGUGGACGUCAUCCAGGUGUCCCUGCGAAGCUUCCGACAGUACCUGGAGGAGAGUCUGGGCAAGCUCCGCUACACCAACAUUGACUUUGUCAAGCACUGCAGAUUGUUUUCAGAGGGAGGCAACUUUUCCUCUGAAGAAAUCGAGUCCCUGUGUCAUCGACUGGAGAAGGAGGCUACUCGGAUUGAGUUUGUUGAAAGUCUAAUCAUGAUCCACAUGGAGAAAAUGGAGACAGAGUACCUAGAGCAGGCCAAUGAUGUCAUCAACAAAUUUGAAAGUAAAUUCCAUAACCUGUCUUCAGACCUGAUUUUCGUAGAGAAAAUCCAACGGCUGAUGACAAAUCUGCAAGUGAACAUCAAGUGUCAGGUGGCAAAGUCCAAUUCGCAAGCAGAAGGAUUAAAUUCUUCUCUGGAACAGCUUCAACACAAGAUACAAACAUGUCGAGACUGCCGGGGAGAUAAGGGCAUGGUGGCCAUAGAUGACCUCCUUGCCUUUAUCCGAUCCUGGAAAGAAAAAUUGAGCCAAAGGAUUAAGUACCUCAACUGCAGCCUGGAUUCGGUGUCCAUUACUCGUGAGGUCUUUACGGACAACACCAUGAAUGAUAUGGAUAUAGAGAGUGACAUCCCUGCGUCUUCAGAGGUCGUUGAGGAGGAAGCCAAGGUGGGCCUUAUAGCCCCUGAGUCCUUCUCCCAACCAACCCGCAUGGGGAGGCCCAUGAUUGAAGACCCUGCUGUGGAUGUGGUCAAGAAGAUCCUUCAAAUUCCUCAGACAAAACUGGCUUUGGCGUGUGAUAAGGAUCGUUCCCACACAGUCUUGAAGAAACAUCGGUACCGGGGAGAAAAGUCUAUAAAGAAGGCCUUGGCCAGCUCCAGUCUCACUUCGGCUGGGAGCGUGACACGACAUGCCAAGGUCAUCAGAGUCGACAAAAAGUACCAGGUUCUGGGGGAAAAACCUCCUCCUCAGUCUGAAGACUUCAAAGGCAUCAUCAUGACUCUCCUCUGGGAGAGCAACGAGCACCUGCUGUUUGUGGUGGAGGAUUUUUACCGAAGAGAGAAACGCCCUGUCACCAGGCCUGAAUUCAUGUACGACACCUUUGACCAGUGUGCUGACCACAUCGUCAAGAAGAUCCUGGAGUAUCACAGCCAGGUGGAUGAGUACCACAACUCCUGCCUCCUGGAAUUACGUGCCCAGGUGAGGCGGUUUGAAGAGCUGCUGCCCCAGGUGUGUUGGCUGGUGACAGAGAAUUACAAGGAACAGCAUUGGAACAAGUUUUGUGCAUCCAUGAAGGAGAUCUGGGAGCAGUUUGAGCAGCAGCAGAAGCAACUGGAGAAGAAGAAGAAUGAAAAUUCAGAGAAGCUCCAUCCAAAUCUUGGCCAUCCCAUAUAUGCCCAGCAAAUUCAGUCCCUGAAAAUUACGGAGGAGAUAAGACAGGAAGAGCUGAGCCAAGUGUUGCGCUCAAACCGGGAGAAGUUGGAGGAAUUUGCCAAGAAGUACAGCCGCUUCUUCAUAGCAAGUUUGGCCUCCUUCACAGAGAAAUUCAUGUUGCAGUUGGAUGAAGUGGUCACCAUUGAUGACAUGCAGGUUCCACGGAUGGAGUCCCAAAAGCAGAAACUAUCACUCCUCAUAAGGAAGAAGCUGGCCAGGCUGUCUCUGGAUGAAGAGUCUGAGAAGUCCCUGAUUGAUCGUGGGAGCAGGAAAUGGCCAGGAAUCAAGCCCAAUGAAAUCACCAUUCAAACUAAGAUACUGACUCGGAGGACAUCAUCAAUAACUACCUCUAAGACCACGCUGGGCCACUUGGCCACCAUAGAAGCCCGAGAUGCUGUGUACCUGAAAUACUUGAUACUGCUUGACAAAGAACUGAAGAAUAUCCAUAACCACUUCAAGACACUGGAGUUGGAGGCUCAAAGAUGGAAGGAGAGCUGGAAGCGUUCCCUUGACACCAUCCAGGCCCUAUACUAUCCAGGCCUUCCUUCCUCGCACCUCAAAUAA